UCCCAAUUCAUAGCAAAUCGUAUAUGCAUCGAUCCGUUCAAACUCGGACUUGAUCCUGCUUUUGCAAGCUCUAAAGUUUGUAAAUUGUACAGCACAAUGCUUCGACGAAAUACAUCUAUAGCUGCACAUUCAAGACAUCCGAAGUUGAGACAUAUUCAGAGUAUUGCUGUACACAAAGCAACACCAAAGAGACCACAAAAAAGAAGGCUUCAUUCAUCACAUUGCAACGAUCAGCUGGAAAAUCGAGAACAACGUGUAACUCGUAGUAAAGGUAGUAUCAAUGAUGAAUUAUAUCAUCGAAUAAUAAAGGGAUCAGAGGCAUCUGAUAAACGAUCAACUAAUGCUCGUAGCACAUCACAAAUGGCUAUCAGAUCAAAUCGUAACCUCAACCAUUCAUCGAACGAUAUUCAACAACCAGCAUUAAAACGACCAAAAUUCGGAAGCAAUAAGAAAGAUGUAGCCGUAACACCGAAAAGAAAUGAGAAUCGACGAUGUAACCAACUUAAAAGAGAUAUGCCCAGUAGGAGUCGUGCUCUGUCAGUCAGUAGAAGUGAUAAGCACUCAAUGAAGCGAAUAGACGAUACACAAACGCCGUCCGUGAAGCACGAGAAUGGAUCACCUCCAAAAAUACCAGAUGAUCAGGCAAGCAGUGAUCAUGCAACGAGAUCACCAUCAAUGAAAACACGUGGAUGGACUAAAAUGAGGAAACGUUUAAUUCCUCACUGUCGAGUUUGUAAACGUGAUGCCGAAACUUUAAUCAAAUGUCUCAGUUGUGGAGCGCAGUAUCAUUUGGAAUGUCUCGAAUACGAUUCUGAUUCACUGGAAUCCGUUUUCGAGAAACGGUCGUGUGAUUGGUUAUGCCCAAAAUGUAUUGUUUGCACGUCAUGUGCUCAAUUCAUAACGGAUGUGAACGAUCACCUGAAAGAUAAAGCGUCAGCCGUACUGAAUCGACAACAUCAAACUGCAAAACUUCGGCAAGCAAUCUCACCGAACAGAAUUAAAACAAGUCAAUCGCCAAGAACGCCGACAUUAGCUACAAAUCGGAUGGAUUUGGAGUCAAAUUCACCUCAGCGAGUGAAAGAACGUGAAGGAUCGUCGAGCAGUAGCAGUGAUGGGGAGGAUGAAAAUGAUGCUAACGUUCAGAGUAGCUCAUCCAAGAAGCAAUUAUUCAUAGGUGAUAGAUUGGGACUGAACAAAAACACAUUGGAACAGUGUACCGCAUCUGAUGAUUUUCAAUUGUUUAUGAAUGCGAAGAAGCAGUUGGCUGAUGAGGUGAAUGAAAAGGAAUCAGCAGAAGAACCAACAGCACUAUCUAAUAAGGAUUGCUGGAUACAUUAUGCAAACUAUAAGAUGAAAGCUGUCAAUGAAUCGCCAUUCCCUAAAGCAAUCGCACGUGCCGAACAUUUGUUCGUUUGCCAUUUCUGUUUAACACCGAUGACAAGUCGAGAUCGUUAUGAAAUUCAUAUGCAACAUUGUAAUUGGUACCAUCCACCUGGUAACGAAAUUUAUCGUGACGAAGACCUAUCGUUCUGGGAAAUCGACGGUUCUGACGAAGUGAGAUAUUGUACGCGACUUUGUUUAUUAUCCAUUUUAUUGUUACCAUCUAAAGUGGCCUAUCGAGAUAUGGAAACGUUCAUAUUCUACUUACUCACUGAAAAAACAAGCGAUGGUCAUGUUUUGGUUGGCUAUUUCUCAAAGGAAAAGCAGCCGAGCCAAAACAAUAAUCUAAGUUGUUUGUUGGUAUUUCCCAUGGUACAACGAGCUGGAUAUGGCAAAAUGCUAAUUGAUUUAAGUUACAAAUUAUCGUUGAAAGAACGCAAAAUCGGUGGUCCGGAACAUCCUCUGUCGAAUUUAGGUUUAUUGACUUAUCGUAGUUACUGGAAAGCCAUUAUCGUAUCGUACGUUCGCAGUAUGCGUGGUCGUUUCAGUAUCUCGAUAAAAGAAAUGAGCAACGCAACCGGUAUACACAUUGAAGAUAUCAUUGCAACAUUAACUCUCUACAAUCUAUUAAAAUCAACUAAUGAUAGUUAUUAUGUUGAUGUGAAGAGAGUGCUCAGGCUACCGUUACGUUCGUUUCGUUACCGUGCUGUAAAAGAUGAAAAAUUAAUAUGGGAACCAUCAUUCGAUGUUGAUAAAGAUCCGAUCAAGAUGGGAACCUAUAAUGAUUGA